UUCUCUUCAAAAUCAAUGGGCUGAAACAACAGGUGGUUCUCGAGUUGAAGGAGAUAUUCUUGUGGUGGCUGAACUUGACGGAGAACUGGCGGCGACGGCUGAACUUGACAGAGAACCGGCGGCGGUGGCGGCUGAGCUUGACAGAGAACCGACGGCGGCGGCUGAACUUGACGGAGAACCGGCGGCGGCAGCGGCCAUGGACGAAGUACCUAAGCUUGCAGGGUUGUGUGCAAAAAGUGCGGUUAGCAGCCUUGCAGGAUGGGAAGGCAGAGCUCUUGGCUGCAGGGCACUUCUUGCUUGCGGCAGUACGAAAGAAAACACCCAGCAGGAAAAAAAUGUACAUUUUGGGAGUGAAAAAAAAUGCUAGGAAAGGAGCUCUUGGCCGCAACAAAUCGGAAGAAAAAAAACCAUAGCUUGUUAUUAUGUUGAAUGAAUAUAUUUGAAUUAUAAAUAUCCAUGUAUUACUUUAGUUCCUCCAUAUGGAUGGGAAUUAUGAAAGUUAAUACGAUUUCUUAUGUUUGUUUCUCUUU